AUGGCGCCACUAGCCACUCGACAAAGUCACUCCCUGAGUCCCGGUAUCCCACGUCUUCCCGCACGACCUCCAAACACGCCGGUCAAAGUCCAUAAGGAAAUUGACCCCGUAGUAUUCUUUGAGCUAUUUGCCGGAACUGUUGGAAUAUUUAUAAUCGCUGUCGUGUUUUGGAAGGUUGGGGGGUUCAUCAGACGAUUCAAUCGAAGCAAGGUGUUGAGAGCAGGCAAAAAUACAAACACCCGAUACGCACGCACAUGGUAUGGCUGGGUUAAGCGUCCGACACACGAGAGAAACAAAAGGGUAAUUCAUGACUUCUUCAGUCGAAUUUGGAAGUUGAUGACGUGGAAAUCGACUCGAGACGACUAUACUUGGAUUUGGUGGGAUCCUGGCGACGUGGAAAAGCAAAAGCACCGUCGAGAACCGAAAAGAUUUCGUUGGCUACCAGAUUGGCUCAAGAGCUAUGAUGAUUCUCCGACUGCCGAUGAAAUCUGGAAUCCUUCGCGGCCCAAAUGUCAUGGAGCUUUGAAGGAAAGUGUUUCAAUGCCCCAAACUGUUCCAGCGCCGGCCUCUGUGCGGCCGCAAGCUCAAGAAGACAUACCGGGACAAACCCUGCCACGGAAAUCUACGUUGGUCAAUAAUCAACCAAUUAUCACUCGUUCAAUUCUCGAGGAACUUCUCAGGGACCCACUGCAGCCAAAUGAUGGCAGUUCUGAUGACCAACCCUGGUUCAAUUCUCGCAAGAAUGCAGCAAAGCCAGCUACCCGUGCACCGAUGCCGUUUCAGCAGGUCCAAUCAUUACCAUACCGACAGAAUAAAUCUUACCAGAUCCGAGGGUCGAUACCAUGGUCGCGUGGUGAGGGAUCUCAGGCUAUCUCAUGUCAGAUCCAAUCUGUCAUGCAACAUGAGGAUUUCCAAUAUGAGCUAGCGGAGCCAAAAGGCUCAAUGCACACAGAAUUACCUAAACCACUCCAUCGACAUAGUAAUCAUGGCAGAUACCGUGGAUGGUCAGCCCGACUGCAGAUGGGGCCCAAAGAGGGGGUAUUUGACAACAUAAGGGAUUCAUCUGGCCCUCCCGGGACGCCAAGGUCCGAAUUGUUGGUUAGCUAUGUCUCUGACUCCAGCUCUUCCAUUCGUGGUCAUCUCAAGAGGCAGCGAAAUCGUACCGAAGGACGCCUGCAUAUCUCCGAAGAUAGAACAUCGUUCACUUCCAGACUCCUCAUUGGAAAUCAGGUUCUGUUUGCUAAUGAACGGCGGACAUAUACCAAAACUAUCCAAUGGAAUUCGGCCCCGGCCAGAAGUAAUUUUCGAGGAAAAGGGACCAAUUCGAAAGCCAGACCAGCGUUGUCUGAUGAAUGGCGAUUUAUGUGUGACUCAAAACAUCCCGGCCAGUCCCGCCGUCAAGGAAAAAGGCCAGACAUAGACCUCACUCGAUGCUCCGCAGAUCAAAUCCAGCUCAAAACAGGAAGCGCUGUCGAUGAGUUGAGUGAUUGGGAGGUCAGGAUGAUGGAGAGGCUGGAUCGGAAACUGUUAUGGCUCUUCAAUGAAUUCACCCCGGGGCAAAAGCCAUACCAUUUUGCCUUGCUAGCCAACCACUGGCUGAAUAGAGAAACAUGGUUGGUCUAUGAUCCCGUAUCAAGAGUUUCCACCGAUGCACGUCGGGUGCGGGGAGACCCACGAUUCAACGUUCCUUAUCCUCGGCCAGUCUUCAGUCCCAGACCAAAGUACCCUAUAUCCAGAAGGAAACGCGCACAGACUCCUCGUAUAGACUCCUGGCGGGCCGCAGUGAACAAGCAGCGGAAGGUAUCUGGCAUACGAGACGCCAUUCGCACUAUUACACUGUAUGAUGAAUCGAUCGAGGAACCGCCAGAUGGUCAUGUCGAUACAGGCUGCUGGCUUUUGCCAAAGCCACCCCAAGGCUUUGAAAUUUCCACUGCGCAGAAGAAUGCCUGGUAUGAAGGAGGGGCAGGCUGGCAAGAGAAGCUUGAUGAUUGGCAACAAGUCCACCGGGGAUAUCGUGUCCACAAAGCCCUCCAUGAAGGCCGAGUCAAUCGGGGCAGGAUCAAGGAGGUGGCAGCUCAAGUCAACAAGUGCUGUCGUACUGCGUCCGGGAAACUGAUCCCAAACUAUGAUUUUGAGAAAACAAGAGCUCCAAACUUCCUUGUCUCGUGA